UGUUCCAGAGAGCAUUCUGACAUCAAGUUGCAUGAAGAAUAGCCAGCAUGAAGAGAUCAGCCCAGUCAGAAGUACAGAAGCAUCAGGAAGGAAGGUGAAAUGGAAGGUGAAGCAGUUGAAGCCAUUGUGGAGGAAUCUGAAACUUUUAUUAAGGGGAAGGAGCGAAAAACCUAUCAGAGACGCCGCGAGGGAGGGCAGGAGGACGAGGCUUGUCAUAUAGCACCAAACCAGGCAGACGGAGGGGAAGUGGUGCAGGAUGUCAACAGCGGUGUACAGAUGGUGAUGAUGGAGCAGCUGGAUUCAACUCGUGUUCAAAUGAAGACUGAAGUAAUGGAAGGUGCCGUGCCUCAGGAAACGGAGGCUACGGUGGAUGACACACAGAUCAUAACACUUCAGGUUGUUAAUAUGGAAGAGCAGCCUAUAAACCUUGGUGAGCUUCAGCUGGUCCAAGUACCCGUUCCAGUGACUGUACCCGUUGCCACCACAUCUGUGGAAGAACUUCAGGGAGCUUAUGAAAAUGAGGUUUCCAAAGGAGGCCUGCAGGAGGGAGAGCCCAUGAUCUGUCACACCCUGCCUUUACCAGAAGGCUUCCAGGUCGUGAAGGUGGGCGCUAACGGUGAGGUGGAGACACUGGAACAAGGGGAACUUCAGCCACAAGAAGAUCCCAAUUGGCAAAAAGAUCCAGACUAUCAACCACCAGCCAAAAAAACAAAGAAAAACAAAAAGAGUAAGCUCCGCUACACCGAGGAGGGCAAAGAUGUGGAUGUCUCUGUGUAUGACUUCGAGGAGGAGCAGCAGGAGGGUUUGUUGUCUGAGGUCAAUGCAGAAAAGGUGGUGGGUAACAUGAAGCCACCUAAACCAACGAAAAUUAAAAAGAAAGGUGUAAAGAAGACAUUCCAGUGUGAACUGUGCAGUUACACUUGUCCACGCCGUUCCAACUUGGACCGCCACAUGAAAAGCCACACUGAUGAAAGACCACACAAGUGCCAUCUCUGUGGCAGGGCUUUUCGGACAGUCACGUUACUGAGGAACCAUCUCAACACUCACACAGGUACUCGCCCUCACAAGUGCCCAGACUGCGACAUGGCCUUUGUGACCAGCGGAGAGUUGGUUCGGCAUCGCCGUUACAAACACACCCACGAGAAGCCGUUCAAAUGCUCGAUGUGUGACUAUGCCAGCGUGGAGGUUAGCAAAUUGAAACGCCACAUUCGUUCUCACACUGGAGAGCGUCCGUUCCAGUGCAGCUUGUGCAGCUACGCCAGCAGGGAUACUUACAAACUGAAGAGGCACAUGAGGACCCACUCUGGAGAGAAGCCAUAUGAAUGUUACAUCUGCCAUGCUCGCUUCACUCAAAGUGGUACCAUGAAGAUGCACAUUCUGCAGAAGCACACAGAGAACGUGGCCAAAUUUCACUGUCCUCACUGUGAUACUGUUAUAGCGAGAAAGAGCGACUUGGGUGUUCAUUUGCGAAAGCAGCAUUCCUACAUUGAACAGGGCAAGAAGUGUCGCUACUGUGAUGCUGUAUUUCAUGAGCGCUAUGCCCUCAUACAGCAUCAAAAGUCUCACAAGAACGAGAAGCGCUUCAAGUGUGACCAGUGUGAUUAUGCAUGCAGACAGGAGCGGCACAUGGUCAUGCAUAAACGGACCCAUACUGGAGAAAAGCCUUAUGCCUGUAGCCAUUGUGAUAAAACCUUCCGUCAGAAACAGCUCCUUGAUAUGCACUUCAAACGAUACCACGAUCCCAACUUUGUCCCUGCUGCCUUUGUCUGUUCCAAGUGUGGUAAAACAUUCACUCGCAGGAACACGAUGGCCAGACAUGCUGAUAACUGUUCUGGCUUAGAUGGUGGGGAAGGAGAGAAUGGAGGAGAGACAAAGAAGGGCAAACGUGGCCGAAAGAGGAAGAUGCGCUCUAAGAAAGAAGAUUCCUCUGAUAGUGAGGAAAAUGCUGAACCAGAUUUGGACGAUAAUGAAGAUGAGGAGGAGACAGCAGUAGAAAUUGAGGCUGAACCAGAAGUUGAGCCAGAGGCUCCUGCACCACCUCCCAGUAAGAAGAGGAGAGGAAGACCACCAGGCAAAGCUGCCACCCAGACAAAACAAUCCCAGCCUGCAGCAAUCAUUCAGGUUGAAGACCAGAACACUGGUGAAAUCGAAAACAUUAUAGUCGAAGUCAAGAAAGAACCUGAUGCAGAAACAGUAGAGGAAGAAGAGGAAGCUCAGCCUGCUGUAGUGGAAGCUCCAAAUGGAGACCUCACUCCUGAGAUGAUCCUCAGCAUGAUGGACCGGUGAUGGAGGACGACCAUGCCGGAUAACUGAACUGGCCUGGGCUGUGUUUAAACGGCUCAAAUCUAUUUUUCCUUUUACCUUUUAUUUUUAUUUUUUUUUUCUUGGCUUUGGGAAAUGCAUCAUUUUAGACCAUUUUACCAAACAUACUGGGAAAUAAAACUUCAAAAAUGAUGUUAGAAUGUGAUUUAACUAGAACUUGCUGUUUUAUGUUAGCAUUACAGGAUCAUGGAACAUUAGGAAACACUUCGGAGUCCAUGAGGGUUUCCCCGUGAGGGUUUCCCCGUGAGGUGCUGUAUUGGCAGUAACUAUACUGGUACUAACAAGAAUGGCAAUUACAAGGAAAAUGGUGGAAAUACAGAAGGUAUAAGGAAAAGGGAACUCACCAGAGCUGAGGCAAUCCUCCCUGGCAAGCAAUCUCCAAGAGAUGCUGCCUCAGUGAGGGUCAGCCCUUAAAUGAGGUCUCAGAGGAGGUGGAGUCGAACUCCACCCCUCCAGGGAGCACAGCUACAUAACUUUCACCUGUGCUCCCGCAGCUGACCCCACACUUGCCUCAGCUGAUUAAUCAGUGGUUCACACUGUGAUUACCAAUCUCCCAUACAGGUGCUUUGAUCAGUUUUGUUCUGAACUGCAUUGUAAACAGUGUCCUCAGAUGGCCAGCAACGAGUUUGAUGAGACAGAAGUGGAAGCCUUGACUAGAAUAUGUGGUAAACCACUCCGGACUUUACCCUUCUGGUUCCCAGAGUCCUUGAGCCUCCUUCUCUCAGUAGUGUUUUUAACUGUAAAUGCAGACUUGGGAGGGUUCUAGACUUUUUAAAUGUUUUUUGCUCUCCCCCUCCCUCACUGCCUAGCUCUGGUUCUCCAAGUCGGCUGCACACAGUAGUUUUUGGCAUGCUCCAACUUGGUUUCUGUCCUUAAUAUGCUUUGCUUUCUGCAAAGCAUUUCUGUAAUGGUCAAGCUUUGUAAAUAACUUUUUGUUUUUGGGGUUUUUUGUUGGUUUUUUUUUUUUACAUUUUAAUCUUUUUCCAUUAAUUAAGAGGUAUGCAAAGAGAUACAGUUGAAAUCAACCCCCGCUGUUUGAUUUCCUAAGCGAUAAAGAGGAUCAAUAGUUGUAAAUGUUGGACAAGCUGUUGGUAACCGAUCACGCAUUGAAGUGCAACCCCCCCCCCUCAGUGCUAUCACUUGUGGAACAGCAGGAACCUGCAGGUGAAAGCUGGCUUUGAAGCACACAAAACCAGCGUUGGAAACGCGUAAGGAACCUCCUUUUUGAGUUAUAACCUCACGGCAACGUUUUCUUUGCUCUUUGUAGUUGUAUUUUGUGUUGAUGAAUCCUUUGUUAAGAAAAAGUGGUGAUUAUUUUUUGAAGCGGGGUCACUUGCAGCCCUCGAAAACCUGGGCCAGGAAAUUCUAACAGGUCAGUAAUUACACACGAGUUUGGGAUCUCUAAUAAAGACAAAAGGAAUAAUGUGAAAUACAAACGAUGCCUGUAUAUGAAACUGUCACAUGGUUAAAAAGAAAUAUGUAAGCUUUUUAUAGAGCCUCAGUCUUGCUGAUUUCAAACCGAUUUUUCUUCUAUGUAUCGCUUUUAAGAGAGCUCUCAGUUUAGCUAUCAGACUCUAGGUUGAUGCAUUUUUGUACUUAGCUGUACUGUGUGAUAUUUUUCAUUAUUUUAGGAAGCCAACAUGGGGAAAAACAUAAAAAACAGGAAAAAAAAA